AUGAGUGCAUCGAAGAAAUACAAAUCAAUGGAAACAUCAGAAAUGGAAGAUACGGAAAAUCACGUACAGAAGAAAUUUGCCGACGGAACCGGUCACAAGUACUUCUGUCGAACAAAUAAUGCGUCGGCAGGUGAUGGACAGAAUGCCGCGUCUGGUGGUGGGAUAAAUUCCACAAAUUCACACACAGAACGCAAACCCAACUUUUCUAUGCUGAACAAUUCGAAUUACUGCGGAUACCAAGGAGCCUUCCUGAACAAAAUGGCAAUAAAUAAUUCCAGCAAGCCCGGCGACGUCAAAAAGAUUAUUAUAAAGAAUUUUAAAAGUAUUCCACUUCUUCCCGAGAAUUAUUCAAAAAGUACUUGGGAGAAGCUUCGCGAGGCCGUCGUAGCAAUUCACACAGCCAAACCGAUCACCUAUUCCCUGGAAGAACUCUACCAGGCCGUAGAGAAUAUGUGCAGUCACAAAAUGGAUGCACAAGUUUAUGCCCAGCUCACUGAACUCACAGAAGCUCAUGUCAAAGCGAACAUUGAACCAUUUCUUGGAGAAAGCAUGGACAAAUUGGUAUUUCUCAAAAAUAUAAAUGACUGGUGGCAAGCAUAUUGCCAGCAAAUGAUUAUGAUGCGGAGUAUAUUUUUAUAUCUAGAUCGUACGUAUGUCUUGCAAAACCCCACGAUACUUUCGAUUUGGGAUAUGGGAUUAGAUCUGUUUCGUAUUCAUAUCGCCCUCAAUCAUUUAGUGCAGCGAAGAACUGUCGAAGGACUUUUAUUGUUAAUUGAGAAAGAGCGGAAUGGUGAUGCCGUGGAUAGAGCAUUGUUGAAAAGUCUUUUACGAAUGCUGUGUGAUCUGCAAAUAUAUCAAACAGCUUUCGAAGAGAAAUUUUUAGUGGCAACAAAACAAUUAUACCAAGCCGAAGGUCAAAGUAAAAUGCAAGAGCUGGAUGUUCCAGAGUACUUGCAGCACGUGGAUAAGCGUUUAGCCGAGGAAAACGAAAGGCUGCUGCACUAUUUAGACUCAAGUACGAAACAUCCUCUGAUAUAUACAGUCGAAAAGGAAUUACUUGCUGAACAUUUAACUGCGAUCCUUCAAAAGGGCUUAGAUAAUUUACUGGAGGAGAAUAGGCUUAACGAUUUAACGCUUUUGUAUAAUUUAUUUAGUCGAGUAAAAAACGGCACGGCGGAGCUGUGUGCUAAUUUUAAUAGCUAUAUUAAGAAAAAAGGUCGUACCAUUGUUAUAGAUCCAGAGAAGGAUAAAAGCAUGGUUCAGGAUUUGCUUGAUUUUAAAGAUAAAAUGGAUGUAAUUGUGCAUUCGUGUUUUGAUCAUAACGACAAGUUUAUCAACUCGCUGCGAGAGGCAUUCGAAUUCUUCAUCAACCAACGUGCGAACAAACCCGCUGAACUGAUAGCAAAAUACGUGGACUUAAAGUUGCGCGCUGGCAAUAAAGAAGCAACAGAAGAAGAACUGGAACAAAUUCUUGACAAGAUUAUGGUUUUGUUUCGUUUUAUUCAUGGAAAAGAUGUUUUUGAAGCGUUUUAUAAGAAAGAUUUAGCGAAACGCUUACUGGUGGGCAAGUCAGCGUCAGUGGACGCAGAAAAGAGUAUGCUGUCGAAGUUGAAACAAGAAUGUGGUGGUGGUUUUACGUCAAAAUUAGAAGGAAUGUUCAAAGAUAUGGAACUGAGCAAGGAUAUCAACAUAGCAUUCAAACAAUACAUGAUGAACCUGGAUAAGGAGUUUACAACGAUUGAUUUGACAGUGAACAUCCUGACCAUGGGCUACUGGCCAACAUAUCCUCUUAUGGAGGUGACCAUGCCACCACAACUGGUUAAACUACAGACUGUAUUCAAUAAAUUUUACCUGGCGAAACACAGUGGACGUAAGCUGCAAUGGCAACCAACAUUGGGACAUUGCGUGUUGAAAGCUCGUUUUGAUUCGGGGUUCAAAGAUCUUCAAGUAUCAUUAUUUCAAGCUUUAGUUUUAAUGCUUUUUAAUGAUAAGGACAGACUCAGUUUUGAAGAAAUCAAAUCCGCUUGCAAUAUAGAGGACGGCGAACUUCGAAGAACCUUACAAUCGUUAGCGUGCGGCAAGGCGAGAGUCAUAAUAAAACACCCGAAAAGCAGAGACGUUGAAGACAAAGAUGAAUUCAUUUUCAACAACGAGUUUACUAAUAAACUGUUUAGGAUUAAGAUAAAUCAGAUUCAGAUGAGGGAAACCACGGAAGAACAAAAAGCCACGGAAGAACGAGUUUUCCAAGAUAGACAGUACCAAAUCGAUGCAGCUAUAGUUAGAAUUAUGAAAAUGAGGAAAACGCUUAGUCAUAAUUUGCUUAUUAGUGAAUUAUACAAUCAACUAACCUUCCCUGUAAAGCCCGCUGACUUGAAAAAACGCAUAGAAUCGCUGAUCGAUCGAGAUUACAUGGAACGAGACAAAGAUAAUCAGAACCAGUACAAUUACGUCGCCUAAUUUCAACACACCGAACCUACUAUCUUGCUUAAUAUUACUUUUCAAGCAAAGAAAAAUAAUAUCAGAUUGCUGUGAAUAUAUUUUAAAACAUUGGAGCGAUAAUAAGAUCCUUAAAAAAAUCUGAAAAUAGAAAGCAGUUGUUAUAACUAAUGAAAAACAAAUAUAAAUGGAGAAAUCUGUCAAUUGCUUUAUUACCUUUCUCGGGUCCCCUUGUGUGCAGGAAACGUGGAAUUUUAAAUUCUGAUUUAAUUCUAACUCAUAUUGGUUUGAAUAUUCUCAUUUUUUCUCAAUGAACAAAUGCAAAAGUGGACUUUAUAGUUUUGAUUCAAACGUCCAUGAAAAAGUUUGUGUUAUGUCUACUGGAGACACUUGAUCUGAAUCUGUAAAUACUUUCCAGUUUUUGAAAAUCGUAAUGUUAGUUAUUCGGAUAGCAUGAUAAGGCAAACGACUUUAUCCUUAACGUUCACUUAAAUAACUUCUACCCAUUUGGAAGCAGAUAAAUAGAUAGACAUGGUUGUAAGCACCGAACAUUGCAAUUUGUUUCGAGUCGUCAUCUGUGAGCCAAAGUCCAGUGAAAUUUGAGAAAGUCGUCAUGGAAAUCCCCCGGGGGAUCAGGAGCAAACAAGCUCCUCCUAGAAUUUGAAAAGUGAUAAGUGAAGAUAAGAAAGUUUUUUUUUGGAAAUAAAAUCUUAUUACUUAGGAGAGAAAAAAUAAGUGAAAUGAAAGGAUGAAAACCAAAUGGUUGCCUCUUAGAUUAUAUUAUAUGCUAUUGGAUAUGUAUAAAAUGUACUAUAUUUAAUGAAUGUUUUGAUAACAUGUACUUUAAGUUAAAUAAAAGAAAUAUUUAAGAUGA